ACCAACUAAAAUAUUGUAAACAAACAUUGAGCUCGAUUUAAAAGUAAACAAGUUAUAGAUUUAAAAAGCAUAAGAAGAAAACGUUUUAAUCAGCCCGAUAUAAUGACAAAGAGUCUAGUGUCCAACAAGCGGAAGUGGCUGGCUUCCGAGGAGGACAGAUUCAUCGAUAUCUGGGUGCACAACCUCCACCUUUUUACCCCUGGCAAGAGGUUAAUGGAAACUUAUACGGAAAUGGAACCAUAUUUCCGCGAAGUAGGCAUUGAAAUCAGCGCCCAAGGAAUAAAGUCGAAAAUGGAGACGUUAAAACGGAAAUACUUCAACUUGUUAGAGCGCGAGGAUCCAUCGACAACUUGGCGACAUUUCGAUACGAUGGCAAUUGUGGUGGCGGGAACAUCCAAGGAGGUCAAGGAUCUGGAAUGGAAGGACUAUACGCAGCCCUCGAAGACUACUCACAUAAGUCGAACAUCUGUUUAUUUGGACGAUCGAGCUCAAUCCCAAAGCGAAUCAGAGGGACCAUUUAAUACAGUCUACCUCGAAGAGUGCGCAGGGCACUUCUUCAACGACGAGGAAAAACCUAAAGCUAAGAAGAAAAGGCAAAGGUUCAGCAAUACGAGCAGAGUUCAAGCAAAGUCCCGAAAAGUUUGGCAGCCGGCAGAAGAAAAUGUAUUUGUGGAUGUCUGGGAAAAGUUUGCCUGUCAUAUACAUAGUGAUAGGAAAAAAAUGGACGUUUAUAAGGAUAUGCAAAAUGAGCUCCAGCAGCGUGGGCUUAAUAUAUUACCUGGUGAUAUCAAGUCCAAAAUUGAAUCACUUACGCGCUCGUUUAGAACUCAACGUGAUACUGUGGGAGACAAAUCCGAGUGGAUUCAUUAUUCCAAAAUAGCCCAGAUCUUAAGUCCUUUAGAUUUGCCAAAGUUUGAGCCAUUUCCCGACCCCAGCAGCUGCAGCUCCGAAGAUGACUCGGCCUGGUUUAAGGAAAUGGAGCCAAAAUCAAAUCCCGACCACAUCAACAAUUUCUCGAGCUCCCACGAUAAUGUUGUUAAUAAUUUCGAGGUUAACGCCCAGCUGGGCUCUUCUGUUUCCAGUAUAGACUAUUCUCUAAUUGAUCCCGAUCCUAGGAACUGCAAAGUGUCUAUUGAAAUAUUGGAACAAGAUGAUAAAAUCAAACCCCUCGGAAACAUUCCUCUUGAUAAAAAAAAAUCAGCUGAAGAAUUCAGUCAAUUUGUAACUAAAGAGUUAGCCGUUUUGAAUGACGAUUUGCUAAUCGAAGCAAAGCGCCAAAUUUACAAUAUUAUAUGUGUCUUACAGAAGAAACAAAAUAAUGUUAGUAAAAACUAAUAAUUGAACAUUAAA